UGACUUCUUAAAGAAGGCGGCGACAAAGGUCAGAAGCUUUUGCAAUUUCUUGCUAAAAUAAAUAUUGCUGGAAGAAAAAACGUAAGAAAAAAAUCCUGCUCCGCCACAUCAGGGACCUGUUUUUUUGAAUGAACAAUUACAAUAACACCGAUAAUCUCCAACCAUGGCUUUACAACAUUCAUAAACCAAGGACCUUGUCUUCUGUUGCUGCUGCUGCACAACUAAACAUAGCAAGUAAUGUGUCAAGUUACUAUGAUUCAGCCAAUAAUGCUCAUUAUACUUCAUUUUGCAGUGAUGAUGAAACAAUGCCUAAUAAAGCCAAUUGUGAAAGUGAUAAUGAGAGCAAUGAAAAUGAAAAUGAUAUUGGCACAAUGAUCAAGGAGGUGCAAAAACAUUCUGGAAAUGCUGCUGGGUCAAAUGUACAUAAUAACAAUGAAGCAAAGCUACGAAAACUUGACGAGUGGAAAAGAAUUGCUCAGAUAAAAAAGGAUCCAAAAAAUUGUAAAAUGUAUAUGAAAACAGGAGCCUGUCAGUUUGGAUCAAGGUGCUCUCAGUUACAUGUAACAACUGGAAGCAAAGAAACAAUUUUAAUACAUAAUUUCUUUCAAGACAGAAGACUAGAAAACGAAAACAUUUCUGAGACAGAAGAAAUUGCAAUAAUACAAGAAUUUGAACAGUUUUAUGACCGUCUUAUUGGAGAGUUUCGUGCGGUUGGAACUGUGAACAUGUUUAAAUGCUGCAAGAAUUUUGCAUCUCACCUUCGUGGAAACGUUUAUGUACAGUAUUCAAAUAACAAGGAAGCAUUGGCUGCGCUACGUGUUUUUAACGGUCGUUAUUAUGGAGGAAGAACAUUAUCAGUAGAUCUGUGCCACAUCGCAAGCUGGAAAGCAGCCAUAUGUGGUCUCUUCGACAAACGUUUAUGUCCUCGCAGUAACACAUGCGGAUGUCUUCACGUGUUUCGGAAUCCAAGAAAUGAUUUUUCUGUUCAAGAUCGCACUGAUUUUGAUCCAGAGCAUGCACUGCGUUUUCAAAUUUACGAUUCAAGCACGAUCAAUCCACACCAUCCAGUGUUUUUGUACUACAAACUUCGUGAUACUUAUAACUCUGGAGAUGCUUAUCAGAAUUUGUUAAAUAUAACUUCUGAUAUGAAAGCUUCAGAAUCAGAAGCGAAGCAAGCAAACACGAAUGAAACAUUAAACACAGUUGCAGAUGGUGCUCUUGAAUGCAAGUUUUUCAUGAAAGCUGGAGCAUGUCGUUUUGGUAGUUUAUGUACACGUGGUCACAUAAAACCUACCAACUCUUGCACAGUUCUAAUUCCAAAUUUUUUCAAAGAUGAACGAUUAUCAAAACCAAACGAAGGUGGGAAAGAAUAUGAUGAAGUGGAGUUGAUCAAAGUGUAUGAAGCGUUUUACGACAAAUUUAUUUCCGAGUUUCGAUCGUUUGGUACAGUGGUCAUGUUUAAGUGCUGUCAAAAUUGUGUUCCACACUUGCGAGGAAACGUGUUUGUUCAAUAUUCGAGUCAGGAAGAAGCUCAGAAAGCUGUCCGUGGUUUUGACGGUCGAGAAUACCAGGGGAAAGUUCUACAUGCGGUGUUAUCUCAUGUUAGCAACUGGAAAGCAGCCAUAUGUGGUCUUUUUGAUAAACGUUUAUGUCCACGUGGAAAAGUAUGCAACUUCCUUCAUGUCUUCCGAAAUCCUCGUAAUGCAUACUCAGUUUUAAACCGGACGGAUUUUGAUCCAGAGCGUGCGUCGAAACAAGGUACUUACGAUCAGACGUUGGUGAACGUGAACCAUCCGGUAUUUGUUUACUACCGACACCGUGAUGCUAUUGGCUACCGAAGUGGGGAGAAGGUUAGCAUUAGCAGUGACAAAGAUUCACCAGGUUUUAAGAAUCGAUUGGAUGAGUUCGAUGAUGACCAAUCUUCGUGUUCAGAAUCACCUGACAUCAAAGAAGCUGAUACACCGGUUGUGCAAACAAAACAAACAAAAAACAAGGCUCCCGUGUGUAAAUUUUUUAUCAAAACUGGUGCCUGCAAAUAUGGCGACAGAUGUAUAAACCUUCACGAAGCCGGAGAGACGGACUUGAUGGUCAUUCCGAAUUAUUUUAAAGAUGAAAUUUUGGAGUCUGGGGUUGAGAUCACUGGUGCAGAGGAAAUAAAAAUGAUAAAACGGUAUGAAAAAUUUUAUGACAAAGUCAUCAAAGAUUUCAAAGCUGUUGGAGAAGUUGUUAAUUUCAAGUGUUGCUUAAAUGCUAACAAACAUCUACGUGGGAAUGUAUAUGUGCAGUAUUCCAGUCCUGAAGAAGCAACUAAAGUUGUGGAGUGUUUUGAAAAAGCAAGGUUGUGUCCACAAUCUGUAGCUGUUUGGGCGUCUUCAAUAUGUAGUCUCUUUGAUCGACGCGAGUGCCCUCGUGGUCAAACCUGCAACUUUCUUCAUGUGUUUCGCAAUCCAGAGAAUGAGUUCUUUACCUCAAGAAAUAUUUUUAUUCCAAAACGUCACACGAAGGUAGCUGAUCAUCCUGUACUUAAGUAUUACAGAGAGCGAGACGAAAAGAUGACGGAUAAGAACAGACAUAUCUCUGGUUACCGCCCCCGUUCAUUAACGCCAUCAAAAAACAAACGUAGCGGUCGCUUCCGAUCCAACACAAGACACAGACAGAAAUCUCGAUCCAAAUCUCCAAGAAAGCAAACUAAUUCUCGAUCUAAAUCGCCGCAGCAUACUAGGGGACGUACUGAUUCAAAAUGCAAUGUGGACAUACAUGAAAGUAAAUUUGUACAAUCUUUCCACUCUCCUUCGCCUGUGCGUGAUAGGUAUAUUUUAAAUCGCAGAAGCUCGUCACGUGAUCUGCCCUCCCAUACUAAUUCGUUGGAAAAAGACCAGCUAGAAUCGUAUUCUAUCACGAUUCGAAAUGACCGGCAACUGACGCCUUCGCCUACUGCUUACAGAAGAGGAAGAGAUGAGAUUAGAGCGACCGAACAAGUUUUGAGAGCUGGUUACAGAGACAUACCUGAUGGUGAUUAUGAAAGGUCCUCCCCGCGCUUAGAGUUCCUUGCUCACGAUUCCGAAUAUAUAUCUGACGUCGGUGUGGAUCGGAAACGUUAUUUACCGGAUGAUUACAAUACAGUUCAGCUCCGGUCAUCAAAUUUUCAUGAAAAGACAUACUGGGCGUCUUACUCUGAUGAACGAAGUGGUCGGAUAUUUAAUUCAAGUCGUGAGGAUUAUCGAUCUUCUAAUACCUACAGUGAUCUGCCUCUCGAAUCGAAUAAAGACGAACGAUCAGACUCGUUAAGGGAGGAAGUUGAUUAUUUGUUAAGAUCUCAGCAAGAUCGUUUUCUAAAUUCUAACCGCGAUUCGUACCGUUCUUCAAGUAUUGACGAGUCAAGUGAUAGAUAUAGAAAUCGAGCUGGUUCUCCGCGUUCACAGUUCUUGGUUAAAGACUCAAGACGGGAAGAGUACUUUGAUUAUAGUCGACAAAACUCUGCUCAGCGCGAAAGUCAACAGGGUUCUUACCGCAAUGAAAGGUCUGAAAGGACGCAACGUCGUGCAAGGUCUCCUGCCAGGAGAAGUCGUUCCAGAUCUCCGAUGCAUUCACGCCAUUACAUCGUUUCUCGGUCAUGUUCAUAUAGACACGAUCGUCACGACACAGCGCGAUUUCGAAAAUAAAACGCAGACAAGAAUUCCAAAAAAUGAUACAUUUUGUGACAUCAUACGUUUGGAGAAAUUUUGUAGGGUUUUCCUUCAAGGAUUAUGUGAAAGAUAAAAAAUAGAUACAAGAUUUGCUUUCGUAGUUUUUCAGAAAACUGUUUCGUUGUUUGGUGCGUUGGAUGAAGAAUCCGAUGGUAGCUUUGGUUAUUAUUAGUAUAAUACGAAAAUAUAAACGAUGUGUAGAUAUAUUGAUCAGUUUUAAGAGAAUUUAUUUUUUCAGUUUCUUUAGAGAAAUUUAAAAA